GUAGGCUGUGCUGGAACAAAAAUGCAAUGAAAGAAACACUGGAUGAAUGAAUGAAAAGCUCUGCUUUGCAAUCCCUCAGCAUGGCAGGACUGCAGCUCAUGACCCCUGCUUCCUCCCCAAUGGGUCCAUUUUUUGGACUACCAUGGCAACAAGAAGCAAUUCAUGAUAACAUUUACACGCCAAGAAAAUAUCAGGUUGAACUGCUUGAAGCAGCUUUGGAUCAUAAUACAAUAGUCUGCUUAAACACUGGCUCAGGGAAGACUUUUAUUGCAGUACUACUCACUAAAGAGCUGUCCUAUCAGAUCAGGGGAGAUUUCAGCAAAAAUGGAAAAAGAACUGUAUUCUUGGUCAACUCAGCAAAUCAAGUUGCUCAACAAGUGUCAGCUGUCAGGACACAUUCAGAUCUUAAAGUGGGAGAGUAUUCAAGUGUAGAGACAACUGAAUCAUGGACAAAAGAGAAGUGGAGUCAGGAAUUCUCUAAGCAUCAGGUUCUGGUUAUGACAUGUCAUGUUGCUUUGACAGUUUUGAGAAAUGAGUAUUUAUCCCUAUCACAUAUUAAUCUUCUGGUGUUCGAUGAGUGCCAUCUUGCAAUCCAGGAUCACCCAUACCGUGAAAUUAUGAAGAUCUGUGAGGAUUAUCCAUCAUGUCCUCGAAUCUUGGGAUUAACAGCUUCCAUUUUAAAUGGGAAAUGUGAUCCUGCUGAGUUAGAGGAGAAGAUCCAGAAACUGGAGAAAAUUUUGAAGAGCAAUGCUGAAACUGCAACUGAUUUGGUGGUCUUAGACAGAUAUACUUCUCAGCCGUGUGAGAUUGUUGUGGACUGUGGACCAUAUACUGACAAAAGUGGGUUGUAUGGAAGAUUAUUAAAGGAAUUGGAUGAAGCACUUACUUUUCUAAAUGACUGCAACAUAUCUGUACAUUCAAAAGAAAGAGAUUCUACGCUAAUUUCUAAGCAGAUAUUGUCAGACUGUCGAGCUGUGUUGGUUGUUCUGGGACCCUGGUGUGCAGAUAAGGUAGCUGGGAUGAUGGUGAGAGAGCUACAGAAGUAUAUCAAACACGAACAAGAGGAGCUGCACAGGAAAUUUUUAUUGUUUACAGACACUUUCCUAAGGAAAAUACAUGCACUCUGUGAAGAGCACUUCUCGCCUGCCUCACUUGACCUGAAAUUUGUAACCCCAAAAGUAAUAAAGCUGCUUGAAAUCUUGCGCAAAUAUAAACCAUAUGAACGGCAGCAGUUUGAAAGUGUUGAGUGGUAUAACAAUAGGAAUCAGGAUAAUUACGUAUCUUGGAGUGAUUCUGAAGAUGAUGACGAGGAUGAAGAAAUUGAAGAGAAAGAGAAGCCAGAGACUAAUUUCCCAUCUCCCUUUACUAAUAUUUUAUGUGGAAUUAUUUUUGUGGAAAGAAGAUACACAGCAGUUGUUCUAAAUAGGUUGAUAAAAGAAGCUGGCAAGCAAGAUCCAGAACUCGCUUACAUCAGUAGCAAUUUUAUAACUGGACACGGCAUAGGCAAGAACCAGCCUCGUAACAAGCAGAUGGAAGUAGAAUUCAGAAAACAGGAAGAGGUUCUUAGAAAAUUUCGUGCACAUGAGACCAACCUACUUAUUGCUACUAGUAUUGUAGAAGAGGGUGUUGACAUACCAAAAUGCAACUUGGUGGUGCGUUUUGAUUUGCCCACAGAAUACCGUUCCUAUGUGCAGUCAAAAGGAAGAGCUAGAGCACCAAUUUCCAAUUACAUCAUGUUAGCAGAUACAGACAAAAUCAAAAGUUUUGAAGAAGAUCUUAAGACAUACAAAGCAAUUGAGAAGAUCCUGAGAAACAAAUGCUCAAAAUCUGUCGAUACCAAUGAAACUGAAACUGAACCCAUUGUGGAUGAUGAUGAUGUAUUUCCACCCUAUGUGUUGAGGCCAGAUGAGAACAGCCCAAGAGUUACUAUUAACACUGCUAUUGGACACAUAAAUAGGUACUGCGCUAGAUUACCGAGUGAUCCAUUUACACACCUAGCUCCCAAGUGUAAAACCCGAGAACUACCUGAUCAUACAUUUUACUCUACACUCUACCUGCCAAUCAACUCACCUCUUCGAGCUUCAAUUGUUGGUCCUCCAAUGAGUUGUGCAAGACUGGCUGAGAGAGUUGUAGCUCUUAUUUGCUGUGAAAAACUGCACAAAAUUGGUGAACUGGAUGAUCAUUUGAUGCCAGUUGGUAAAGAAACAGUUAAAUAUGAGGAGGAGCUUGAUUUACAUGAUGAAGAAGAAACCAGUGUUCCAGGAAGGCCAGGCUCUACAAAACGAAGACAGUGCUAUCCUAAAGCUAUUCCAGAAUGUUUGAGGGAUAGUUAUCCCAAACCUGAUCAGCCCUGUUACCUGUAUGUAAUAGGAAUGGUGUUAACAACUCCACUACCUGAUGAGCUCAACUUCAGGAGACGAAAGCUAUAUCCUCCUGAGGAUACAACAAGAUGUUUUGGUAUAUUGACAGCCAAACCUAUACCUCAGAUUCCUCACUUUCCUGUGUAUACUCGCUCUGGAGAGGUUACAAUAUCUAUUGAGCUUAAGAAAUCUGGUUUUACGCUGUCUCUGCAAAUGCUUGAGCUGAUAACGCGACUCCACCAGUACAUUUUUUCACACAUACUUCGUCUUGAGAAACCUGCACUAGAGUUCAAACCCACAGAAGCUGAUUCAGCCUAUUGUGUUCUACCUCUUAAUGUUGUUGAUGACUCCAGCACUUUGGACAUUGACUUUAAGUUUAUGGAAGACAUUGAGAAAUCUGAAGCGCGUACAGGCAUUCCCAGCACACAAUAUACAAAAGAAAUGCCUUUUAUUUUCAAGUUAGAAGAUUACCAGGAUGCGGUUAUCAUUCCACGGUAUCGAAAUUUUGAUCAGCCUCAUCGAUUCUAUGUAGCUGAUGUAUACACUGAUCUUACUCCACUCAGUAAAUUCCCUUCCCCUGAAUAUGAAACUUUUGCUGAAUAUUAUAAAACAAAGUAUAAUCUUGACCUGACCAAUCUCAACCAGCCGCUGCUGGAUGUGGACCACACAUCUUCAAGACUUAAUCUUUUGACUCCUCGCCAUUUGAAUCAGAAGGGGAAAGCACUUCCACUAAGCAGUGCUGAGAAGAGGAAAGCAAAGUGGGAAAGUUUGCAGAAUAAGCAGAUACUUGUUCCAGAGCUCUGUGCUAUACAUCCUAUUCCAGCAUCUUUAUGGAGAAAAGCAGUUUGCCUCCCCAGCAUACUUUACCGCCUGCACUGCCUUUUGACAGCAGAGGAACUAAGAGCUCAAACAGCCACUGAUGCUGGUGUGGGGGUUAAAUCACUUCCUGCAGAUUUCAGAUAUCCUAACUUGGACUUCGGAUGGAAAAAGUCGAUUGACAGCAAAUCCUUCAUCUCUAUUCCUAACUCCUCUUUAGUAGAGAAUGAAAAUUACUGUAAGCACAGCACAAUUGUAGUCCCUGAAAAUGCUGCACAUCAAGGUGCUAAUAGAAGCUCUUCUGCAGAAAACCAUGACCAAAUGUCUGUGAGUUACAGAACGUUGCUCAAUGAAUCACCCAGUAAACUCCAAAUUGAUGUCUCGACAGAACUUGCAGCAAUUAAUGGUGUUUCUUACAAUAAAAAUCUUGCCAAUGGCAAUUGUGAUUUAGUUAACAGAGACUUUUGCCAAGGAAAUCAGCUGAAUUACUGCGGGCAGGAAAUACCUGUACAACCAACUACCUCAUAUCCCAUUCAGAAUUUAUACAGCAGUGAGAACCAGCCCAAGCCCAGCAAUGAAUGUACUCUACUGAGUAAUAAAUACCUUGAUGGAAAUGCUAACAGAUCUACCUCAGAUGGAUGCCCCAAAAUGGCAGUGACCACCAGUACUUCAAAAGCUAUUAAUCUUUCAAAAGACAGAGCAGAUUCUGAAAAGAACCCUUCCAGUGGGUACUCCUCAAAAACUCUUGGUCCUAAUCCUGGUCUUAUUCUUCAAGCUUUGACUCUUUCGAAUGCUAGUGAUGGAUUUAAUCUGGAGCGGCUAGAAAUGCUUGGUGAUUCAUUUUUAAAGCAUGCCAUCACUACAUACUUGUUUUGCACUUACCCUGAUGCUCAUGAGGGACGGCUGUCAUAUAUGAGAAGCAAAAAAGUCAGCAACUGUAACUUGUAUCGCCUUGGAAAAAAGAAAGGACUGCCUAGUCGUAUGGUGGUAUCGAUUUUUGAUCCCCCGGUCAAUUGGCUUCCUCCUGGUUAUGUAGUAAACCAGGACAAGAGCAACACUGAUAAAUGGGAGAAAGAUGAAACGACAAAGGAGAACUUGUUGGCUAAUGGUAAACUUGAUGAUUAUGAUGAUGAUGAAGAGGAUGAAGACCUAAUGUGGAAGUUACCCAAGGAAGAAACAGAUUUUGAAGAUGAUUUUCUGGAGUAUGAUCAGGAGCAUAUCAAAUUCAUUGAUAAUAUGUUAAUGGGGUCAGGGGCUUUUGUGAAGAAAAUUUCUCUCUCACACUUUUCAACCACUGAUUCAAAUUAUGAAUGGAAAGCACCCAAAAAGUCAUCCCUGGGUAAUGUUCAGUUUUCAUCAGAUUUUGAUGAUUUUGACUAUAGCUCUUGGGAUGCUAUGUGCUAUUUGGAUCCUAGCAAGGCUGUUGAAGAGGAUGACUUUGUAGUGGGCUUCUGGAAUCCAUCAGAAGAAAACUGUGGUGUUGAUGCAGGAAAACAGUCUAUCUCAUAUGACUUGCAUACAGAGCAGUGUAUUGCCGACAAAAGCAUUGCAGACUGUGUGGAAGCCCUGUUGGGCUGCUAUCUGACCAGCUGUGGUGAAAGAGCUGCUCAGCUUUUCCUGUGUUCGUUGGGGCUGAAGGUGCUCCCUGUAAUUAAAAAGACUGAUUGGGAAGGCACUUUGUGUGCUACCAGAGAGAAUUGUAAGAGUGAGCAGAAGUGUCUUUCACCAAACUCUGUUUCUGCUUCUGUAGCUAAUUCAGAGACUUCUCUGUAUAAAGACCUGGAGUAUGGCUGUUUGAAGAUUCCUCCGAGGUGUAUGUUUGAUCACCCAGAUGCUGAAAAAACCUUAAAUCACCUUAUUUCUGGUUUUGAAAACUUUGAGAAGAAAAUAAACUACAGUUUUAAGAACAAGGCUUAUCUUCUUCAGGCAUUUACUCAUGCCUCGUACCAUUAUAAUACCAUUACUGAUUGUUACCAGCGCUUAGAAUUCCUGGGAGAUGCAAUUUUGGACUACCUCAUAACCAAGCACCUUUAUGAAGACCCACGGCAACACUCUCCAGGAGUUCUUACUGACCUACGAUCUGCUCUAGUCAAUAAUACCAUUUUUGCAUCAUUAGCUGUAAAAUAUGACUACCACAAGUACUUCAAAGCUGUCUCUCCUGAACUGUUUCAUGUUAUUGAUGACUUUGUGCAGUUUCAAAUGGAAAAGAAUGAAAUGCAAGGAAUGGAUUCUGAGCUCAGAAGAUCUGAAGAAGAUGAAGAAAAAGAGGAAGACAUUGAAGUACCAAAGGCCAUGGGGGAUAUAUUUGAGUCCCUUGCUGGUGCCAUUUAUAUGGAUAGUGGAAUGUCUUUGGAAAUGGUUUGGCAAGUGUACUACCCAAUGAUGAGGCCAUUAAUAGAAAAAUUUUCUGCUAAUGUGCCCCGUUCCCCAGUGCGAGAGCUGCUGGAGAUGGAGCCAGAGACAGCCAAAUUUAGUCCUGCAGAAAGAACUUACGAUGGAAAGGUCAGAGUAACAGUGGAAGUUGUAGGAAAGGGAAAGUUUAAAGGUGUCGGCAGAAGCUACAGGAUUGCCAAAUCUGCAGCUGCGAGAAGAGCACUACGAAGCCUCAAAGCAAAUCAACCUCAGGUCCCGAACAGCUGAGACUCCUCUUAAAAAUAAAAAAAAUGGGGGAAAACAACACGUACAAAAAAGCAAAUUUUUAAAAAUGUUGAUGUUGAGAGGAACAAAUUGGAAGACAGAAUUUAAAGUUUGUUUGAUAACAGAAUAGAUAACAAAACAUUUAACAUGUAUAAAAUUUUGGAACUAAUUGUAGUUAUAGUUUUUUGCGCAAACACAAUCUUGUCUUCUUUCCUCACUUCUGCUUUGUUUAAUCACGAGAGUGCUUUAAUGAUGACAUUUAGCAAGUGUUCAGAAUAAUUGUUGUCAGGUCUUUUUGGUUUACUUUUAUUGUCAGUACAGCUUUGCUUAGUGUUAGAAGGCCAGAGAGCUUAUGCCUAAUGCAGUUGCUAGAUUUAUAUAUAGUAAUCUUGAAAUUCUUCAAUCUGUGCACUAGUGCCAGUCAUAAAGCAGUUGAUAAACUGUACUGGAUGAUUUGGUAUAAGAAAGAAUAAGUGUGCCAGUAUUCUUUUUUUUUUUUCUCCUUUUUUUCUCUCCAUGUCAUCUUUUUACAUUAAGAUGGCAUUCCCAAUCAUUAUUGCACUUAUUUGUUAGGGACAGAUUUUAAUUGAAACGGCUGGCAUACUGGUAGAAGGAAACUUCAGUUUCCUUAUGCCACACAGUCUUGCAUAAAA